AUGAUAAACACCAAUCUCCUAUCUCACACCCAAUCAUCUCAUCCAUGGCGAGCAAAUCCAAAUCAAUUUCGACGAAUUUCUGAGUAUCCUACAGUCCACCAAUACAAUUAUGAACGUCCUCCACUACCGAAAAGAUAUCCUCAACGUAUUUCACAUCGUCGAUCAUCACCAUGGACUCCAAGAGUGGAUUAUUUGCAAAAUUCAUCGCUGACACAAUUUGCUUCAUCAACAUCGCGAGAUAGCUUCGGUUCCUUUUUCAAACCUAAACAUGCUUCAAACAACGAAAAAAAGCAACGAGAGAAAUUCAAUCUGCGUCGUGCUGUUCUACUCUUGUCCUGUUGUCUCGGAGUUCUUUUCCUUCUCGGGUUAUUACUUGCUUUACUCCUUGGACUUCUUCAAAAGAAUCAACCUUCGACAACAACCGUUACAACACACACAACAACAACAACAGUAACAAGUUCUUCUACUACCUCAUCACUAGCAACAACGACUACAACAGACACUAGCACCACAACAGACACGAGCACCACGACGGAAACGACUACAGUAAUAACAAGUACAACAACUUCUACACAGAGUACAACAAGCACGACAUAUACUUCAAGUACAACNAACCGCAAAAUCCAAGUGCAUGGGCAAGUAGAAUUACUACUCAACAGGAAAAUCGACAGCAAGCACCGAAGAUUAGUCGACGAGAGAUUUCCUUACUACGACAAAUGA